CAACAGGUCAGAUCUUGCCAUAAAAGGAGGAUCGAAACCGGUUAAAAUGUGAUAGUCAUCUGAUCGGCUGUAAGUAUUGGUAACCGGGCAGAAAAAAAAAUUAAAACUCACAUCGCUCAGACAAAACAACCAUGAAAAGCAAAUAGGGGAAGCUUCAUUCAAACAGAGUUUUCUGAUUUCCUUCUCCACAGCAACUCGACGGGAAGCUAAAGAACGUUUUUAAAACAAUUGUAAUUGAGAGGUAUGUUUACUAUAGAAGUUUUUGCAUACAUCCGUAACAUGCACCUCGACUAAUACAGGCCAAUACGUGAGACCCUGUUUUAUUAUUAUUAGAACUUCACUCUAUUUAUUUUUCAUUUUUCGAGAUUUUCUAAUGCACCUAAGCACUUUUUUCCAUUGCCCUAUUUACACUCUUUUAUGUAACAAUGAACUCUUUUAGAUAUCAUUUUGAAUAGAUUUCAUCGAGCCAAACUGAAUAUUCUUGGCUACAUUGCUACAUUAAUAAAAAUUUAUGGUUAAUCAUCAUUGACACCAUUAAACUUCUUACAUAAUCAUGAUUCUUGAUCGUUUUAAAUGACCUGCUAUCGCGGAAAUUUUAGACAUUUUUUGAUCAAAAUUGGGUACGGUAUAAAUCAUGCUAAUUUCUUCUGAAAAAAAGAGAGAGUUUACUAAAUCCUUUGAGUGUAAAAUAGAGAACGAACAGAAAUUUAUGAUUUUAAUGGAGCCUUAGUUUUACAUAUAUAUUGUAAACGUAAUCGCCAAGUUUCAGCCUCAAUAUUCUGCUGGAAGAAUAUCCCUAUAACAAAAAAGAGUGCAUGGAAAUCUGUUUGAAGUUAUUCUUGUUGGCACGAAUUUUGAUAAAUCAGAAUGUACGUAUUACAUCACAAGAGUGGACACUGACCGUGUCUCGCAUUGAUCGUGGGACGGUUACGUAAGUGGCAGAUCUGGAGCAACGACUUUCUUCUAAGUUAGAGUAAUAUCAGCUAUCAGGUCGGAAGUUUUUUCUUGAGAUAUUGAAAAACUUGAAUCAAUUUUCACCGAAAAUAAGCUGACAUUUUUAGAGUUCAGUUUGGCGUGGCUUCCCAGUCGGCGUUUUCUCGAGCACAGCCUUUUUUCCGUCCCGCGACUUGAGGAGGACCGAGGUACGUGCUAGAGGAAGUCAUUGUUUGGGAGGGAAUCCCAUAUUCCCGAUCAGCGGCUUUUUAUUGAGUCGAAGUUUAUUCAGUCAAUGACAUGCGAAAUAAUCUUGUACAUGGUUUACGCCGAUGGCUUCAAAAUUCUCGAACGACUCUGGGAACCCUGGAACGUACAUGUGCUUGAAAGAUGCCUUAGCACGUGCUUGCUUCCACAUGCUCCUUCUUGUUUUGUGCAUUACAUCUUAUGAAUCAUUGUUAGACUUAGGCAUCCUUUGACGAGAAAUUUUAGCUGUGAUCUUUCUCUGAAAUUCCAUUUUUCUUUUUUUCGUUUUCUGAUGUUUUAACGUCAUUUCUUUUCAACUUCCGUUUCCAAACUCCUAAGAAUAUAUUGGUCUUGUUUUCGUUAAGACUUUAACUAAGGUUUAGUUUCUUUGCCUAAUCAGGCCCUAAGGAAAGUUAUCCUUUGAAACAACGGCUUAGGUGUGAAAUACAAAAGGGAACCGUUUGCUUAUUAAGGAAUUUCAAGCAAUUUUUGCGAGACCCACCAUUGAUGACGUAUUUCCUCAAAUUUUACGUCAGUGUGGCAAUUCCAUCCGAUCAAUUGUUCCUCGUUUUCAAGCGACAAUCACAUAAUAUAUUUGUUUAUUUUACGCUCAUUAAAUAGUUUCUUUUGCUUGUUUUAGAAUAUCAGGAAUUCCAUUUGGCAUCUGUGUGUUGCAGAAGUUAAAAGGCAGGAAAUUAGGAGUAAUUAACAAAAAGCAAAACCAAACAAACGUAAUCGGAACAAACAGGAGUUUCGGGUGCGGUAAAGAACAAAUUUUCAACUAAUUGCCCGGUAAUCCUUUUUAAGAUUGCGAUGAAAAUUGUACGUCAACUUUGUUAACAUCUUCGAAAGAUCGAGUACUUCUUGGAGCAAAAAAGUAAUGUUUUUGAAGAGCGAUAUUCAAUCAGUGUUCUAACAAGUGAACCCCCACGAUAAGUCUCGCUUAUGCGGAAAAGAAUCGAAAUGAGCGAGGAAUGACAUCGAACAGAACAUCAGCGGUCGGCGUCCUUGAAAAUAUUCUGAAUGAUUGUGGGUGUCAUUUGUGAAUGAUUUAUUAAAGCUUUAGAAUUAAAAGUAAAUACACUGACUCUCAGGCGGUGAGUUAAUUCAGGUCUUCAUUGUCGUGUGUGAACAUGCGACCUGAGCAGGAUUAAAGUUUCUUUUAUUACCAUUGGUGAAGAUAAUGGAGGGCCCCCUCAACAGCCGUCGCACAGAGAGACUUUGCGAACUGAGGUGCUACUAAAUUGAUUGACAUUUUUACCCGAUGAAACAAGAUCGUUAUCGAUAUUCGUUAAAACACUGUUGUUUGUUGACGUGCUAUAUGACAUAAAAAACGCGCGGAGACCUGGAACGGGCUUGAUUGAUUGCUCCACGCGACGAAUUCGAAAGGUGAAUUGUUCUAGUAGAAUUUUUUACGGCUUUUGUUGCGUUUACUAGUUGAUUAGCUCUCAUUUGACUCACAAAAGCAACCCGUUGGGUUAUGGUUAGUGAUCACGUUGGGUAAUUUUAUGGAGGCGGAAGGAGGUCUUUUGUUCUCCACCCGCUAAUCGUGUGGUGUACGGUAUCGAAGCACGCCGACAGAUGGCAAGAAUAAAGAUUUUCAUAGAGAAUUUAUGCAUUUGUCUUCGCAGGAGAAUUGAAAAGAUUUGAACUGCACAGUUUGAAUUUUGUAGGAGCAUUGGCCAGUAGCAGACAUCAAGUAAGUGGACUUAAACUGCGACCCCUGCCACCAUGACUGUAGCCUAAUCCAACGAGUGUGAAUGAAAACCAGAUUUCCGAAGUAAGGCGAAGUGCAUUUGAUUGAAAAACGUUGAAAGGGUAUCAGCCAAGAGGAAUGCAGUCCGCUGAAUAUUAGUUUAAUGCGCUGUGUGUGGAAAAGAAGCAGCUGCUGUAAUUGUUUGUGAGUUCCCCCGCAAUUACAAACCUUUUGGAUCAGACGCAUAAAUACCUGUCAUGUAUUAAAGUGCGUACGUGACGUAACAAGUCCAUGAUUAUGGCGAGGCGGUUUGCUGUGUAACUGCCGAUACAAUUUUCGAAAGCGAAUUUUACACAGAAGUAAGACAAAGAGAAGGCCAAAUUGAAUUAUGAGUCUUAAUGCUUUGUUUUUGUUUUUGGAAAGCUUACCCACGACGUCAGACUAAGAAGAACAGCUUGGCAACUGAACACAAAGGAAGUGGUAAACUUGCACGGGAAGAGGUAAGCCCACAGUUGAAGUUUUUUAGAAUACAAUCAUCACUUGCGGUUUAUUGUGGUAUCCACUUUAUUUCGGAAAGCCUGUAAUUAGUACUUUGGUGUGGGAAAGAAUAGAUUCUUUUUAAUAAAUAUUCAAACGUACAGGACAAGAAAGAUCUCAAGGUACGAAGCGCUCGAUGCGAUUAUAUUAUGGUAAUUUUACAUUUGUGUGGGUUCUAGCUCUUAGUGUUACGGCAUAUGUCAAGUUGAAAUUGAAUUUUUACGAGCUAUUGCGUAGUUUUCAUCGCUUAAUCUUAAACAAUGCGUGAUGUCACCGUUCAUUUCACUCAUCGAAUGGGCGGCAAAAAGGUUCAAAUGCAAAUGACGACGAAUGAAUUUAGCACUCGAGUAUUGAUCGCCUCCACCAAUGGAACAUGGCGUUGCUAAAGUGUUUCAUUUGUCAACAUACCUAAAUGCAUAAGAAGAACCAGUAAGCUUCUAGUCGAAAACCGAGACCAAACGUCUACGUUCUCGAGUAUAUUUGAAUAUUUCAGUCUAUCCUUAAGAGGUUUUAAUUGCCUGGGUGAUCGAAUUCAUCGAUGUUAAACGCGAAAUUUGCCGAAAUAUCUAAGCAAGUCUUCUUCUGGCUUCAUUUUGGCUCAACACACUCAAAGUUUGUCGUUGAGAAUUCAUAGGAGAAACACAAUCUGUGAAAAGUCGAAGUGCAUAAUUGGUUUGAUUAAGGAUUUCAGCAACAGUGUUUUAGUGAGUAUAAAUACAACUGUGAAACCAUCGUAAUUUAUUUGUCCGUAUAUGGACUCCGUUUGUGUCGAUCGAUUGUUGCAGUCACUCCAACUACAUUCCUGUAUACGAUUAACGGUCGGUGCGUCCAACCAUCUUGACAGUUUCAGGGCUUAUUUCAACAAGAAGGCGAAACUUUUAGCACAAUGCGUGAUAAUCCAGGAGUCAAGAACGCUUUGUAGUUGACAGGGCAAAUUAUCUUGGUAGUAUUAUAUUUCAGUGAACUACUACCUUUUGUUCUAACUUUGAGCGACACUUAGUGCGUAGAAUGUAAGUUUUCCAUCGAGGUCAACAAUAUUUUUACGUGAAAACGGUCCUGUCGUGUUUGUUACGUUAAAAUUUACGCAGAAUUAUUUUAUCUGCAAACAAUGUGGUUUGUUUUAUGAAAUCUGAGUACGAUAUCGCAUCGUGCGUCUAGUCUUGUAACACUACUAUCUACUACUUCUCAUGUAUCUAAUGUAGCCACUGUGACGGUUUUUGAUGGUUCUCAAAUCUAUCGUCUGAUCAAUUUGCAGCCCAACUGUAAGAAAUGAAGCAACGGAACGGGCUGUAUAUGCUACUUCUGAGUCAUUUCGCAAUAUUAUCUGGAUGCAUUGUGGUGGCGUCCAACAGAGAACCGCACUCAAGAACACAAUUCGAAGGUAUGUUCUCUACUCGUGCACACACGACCCUUCCUCGUACUAUCAUGAAACUACAUGCGAGUUGUUGAAUGAAAAUCACGCUAGCGCAAGAUUCUGUUUUCACGUAUGGAGACAUUUCUGUCAGUUUUCAUCUAUUUUGGCGUUGUAUUGUUACGGUGUUUUCGGUGAUGACUAAGGAAGGCCUCUUAAGAGGGUUGUUUUGGAAACUUCAUACACUCUUGAACAGUGUAUUUCUACAAUAAACCAUCCCAGCCGGAGGGAAUCUCAUAGUUUACACAAAGUAAUUUUAAAUCAGUUUGAAGAUAUUGAAAUUCUUCGACAUUAAAGAGCGUUUUUGCUCGGUCCUUGCAUCACUACAUAAUUAAUUUGUUCAAAAAUCAAUAUGGCGCUUCAAAAUUAUUCAAUGUUUUGGCUGUUAAAAAUAUUUUGCGUCGGGAAGCAGGUGAAACUUGGUUGAUAAAGUUUACUUAGCUAUCAGAUAUUGCUACCCACUACUGAUGCAAACGGCUGCACAAAAGGAAAAACCACGAAAUACCUAAAUGCGUAUACCCCUUCUGAGAGGGUCAGUGCUAUUUGCUUUACAAACCAUAUGAGGAUUUAAAACACCGGGUUGUAAAUAGAGGCACUGCAGUAAAUGCAUAUGUAUUGUAUGUUUUGUGAGUGGCGGUAAAACAUCUUUUGUUUCACGUUGAUUGAAUAGUUUGAGACUUCGUCGUAUACUAUGCAAUUUCAUGCGGAAUAAGCCUGUAUAUGUACUGUUUUUUGGCGCGACUUUUCCUCCUCUGAAGGUACACUUUGUUGUAUUUGCACUGGAGUGAAAUUUUAGACGCAGAAGCAUUGGAGCUUGUAGUCUGGUAUCAAUUAGCUUUUCAUCGGCAUUUCAUUAGCACAGUUGUAAAGUAAACAAAGGAAGCUUAACAAAAAUUACAUUGCAACCAACGCGGAGGCUUUCCUUAUUUUAUGAGUUCAUCUAAUUGAUCAGAAUAUUUCUCAGCUUUGAUUGGAAUAAAAUUGAGCAACAAUUAAAUUGUAAUGAGCAAUUGCAUUUUUCAAAGUUAUUGCACUUCUUUUAUUGGAUAGGUUAAAAUAACACAGCUUAAUGCCAUGCGUUGUCUUUAAAUGUUGAUAAAACACAGAGAUGGAACUACAUGUGUAUUUUUAGAUGUAAAGGAUCAGAUUUUGGGUAAUACAGGCUGCAUUAAAAUUUCAAUCCAGGGAAUGGGGAAGAUGAUUAUCCAAAGGACCGGGUUGUUCCUUGGCAGGUCUAUUAAUUUCAAAUAUUGUUUCUCCUUGCAUAUCUCUGAGAAUUUUAGAAGAGAUACCCACAACAAGAAAAUCAAGGAACUUAUUUGCUAACUUUUUUUGAAAAAUAUCAACAAACAUGGUGUGAAAUAAUAACAAUCUUGCCAAAUGUUCUGUACUACGAACUGUGCUAUGAUAUUGAAAAGGGCUCUAGUGUUGUUGACUACUUCAGCCUUGCACAAACACUGAUGCCUUUGUUUUGUAUGGUAGCAUUGGCUUAAAAAAAUGGUUUGUGCUUAAUGGUUGGAUUUUGGUUAAAUUGACUUGUGCACAAUGGUUGGCUUUGUUUGAUAUUGGGUUAGGAGUGUGUUGUGUUGCAUACAAAAGUGUGCCAUGACCCUCUCAACAAUAGAAUUGUAAAAGAACAAUUUUAACAAACAUCUAUUGUGAAUGAGUUCCUUCCAGACCACUGAGAAAUUGUACUUGUUAUUGAAAUCAAAUUGAAUGAAAAUGGGAUAUGGUCAAAUUUGUCUACUUAGCUGCAGGCAAAAUUAAGGAAACACAAAGGCUCAGUGAUAUUUGGGGGUUCAACUGUCUCUAUGUUAAAGAGCCUCUCCAGAUGAAACACAAUAAUAUAAUGACUGGAGUUUGAUUCAGUGUUUUGAAUAUAAUUGAAAGAAGUUUGUUUCCAAUCUUGAUGUUAAAAGGUGACUGGGAUACAACCAGAACAUGAUUAAGGUAUCAAUAAAGCUAAGGACAAGAGUUUGUAAUUUGUUUUUUUUUUUUGCAAAAUUUUAUCUCUUUGUCUUGGUAGUCUAGGAUUUUGGCAGAUAAUGAGCUUGCCACUUACUAAUUUGGUGUACCGCUGUCAGUUAUUGAUUAAUGUUCUGCUAACUAAAAAGGCUCUUUCCAGAUAUAAUGGAAAUCAUUUCCACCCAUUUUGAUUUCAUGGUCUAGUUAAUGAAAAAAUUGCCUUUUACCCUAAGGCAAAACUAAUCAAUGUUUAUCUGAUCAAAUUAUUUUGCUUUUGGUCUUUAUAACAAAUUGAAUAUACUUGCAUAGGAUCUAUUCAAUCAAACAUAAUUUUCAUGGGAAAUGUCUUGAUUCAAGACAAAACAGUGUUUUAGAUUUUGAAAUAACAAAUUUGGAGUCAUCAAUAGCUGUGUUCUGGAGCGGGAGAUGGUUCCUAAAAAUAUAUAUAUCAAUGUCAGGGGUGAUCAGAGAAAUUUUGAAAUGACAAGUAUUUUUAGUUACUAGACUGGCAUCUGUAAAUGAAAUGUGAAUUUUUUCUUUGAGGUGCUGUUUUCCUUAACUUUUUCUGUGUAGAACAAUCAAAGCUGUUUUGAUUCGUUACUCUUGAGAUCCAUGCCUUUGUUUCCUUCACACAGGGUAUGGUAAUAUGCAGUAAUGCCAACCUUAACUGUUUGGUCUGUUGGAGUUUCCAUGAUAGGCACCAUUGGCUAAUUAAUUAUUUAAAUCAAAUGUUGUGAGUCUAUUCUUGUGCAAGUUAUAUUUGUUACUAAAAAGAUCGCUUAAAGGGAGUUUUAACUUUAAAUGUGGAACUAAGACAAAAUUGGAGUACGUUUAAUGUCUGUUGAACUCUCUCACCCUUGUGAGUGAGGGAAAAAAAUGUCUCCCAGUGAUAUCAAUACAUUUUCAUGCAGAAAGGUUGCAAGAAGUUAGAAAAGUAUCAAUUAGGGGAUAAUGUUUGGUUGGACAUGAAUUUCUCAAAGUUAAAAUAAAUAGAAAUGGGCAACAGAUGGAGUUGAGACUUGAUUCUUAGGUCCUGGGAGUUAAGGAGUUAAUAAAGGUUGUGUUUGCCUAAUAUCAUGUCUACUUUAUAAAGACCUCACUGUGCCAAAGUCUAUUUAAAUUCCUCAGAGAUAUUGAGGUUUCAAAGCUUUGAUUUACAUUGCAUCAUCCUAAAGAUCUAAAUAGACUGAAUAGUAGUAACCCCUAGAUCUGCUUGACAUUUUAAAAUUUCAGGUAGAAAUAUCCAAGUGGGAAUUUGGUUGGAAAUACAGUAGUAAAGAUAAUGCACUUGAUGACAUUUUGUACUGUUGUUAUCAAGUCUCAUUCCACUUUGGAUUAGGAAUACACCCUCCUUUGUGAAACAAUCUUAUAUGAGACAUAUGUAAGUGGUUUGCCUGACGGCCAAGAGGUUCCAAAUGUAUCACUUACCUUACAAGCUGAUUAUAACACAAUCACGUAGUUUGCAUGCUAUAAUUAAAUUAUGUUUUAAUACAUCCUGAUUUGUUAAUACCGAACUGGUAUUUUACUUAUUUAUAAGGUGAGUGACCUAAAGUAUUUUACAGAGAACUUACUCUUAAUGUGAAAAGAAACUCGUUUACUUGUUGCAACAUGAGGGAAACUAAUUUUUGAUAGUCUUGAAGCCAAAAUGUCUGUCCAUUUGUUAUCUUGCAUUGCAAAGGUAAUUAGUGCUAAAUUAAGGAAUUCAGUUACAUUAAACUGACAGAUUGGCUGAUUGGAGAUCAAAAAAAUUACCGCACAGAUAUGUUCACACAAACAAACUCUAAAAUGUGUUGUUUAUUUGGCUGUGAUUCCAUAAACAAGAUGAAUUUGGUGAUUUGUAAAUGAACAAGGAUCACUGUUGUCUCAACAUUUAUUGCAUUCUACAAAUUUAGAUUCUGUUAUUGUUUGGGUGAAGUGAUUUUGUAGGACUUUAAACUGUACUUCUUAAUUAAAAGUGUUUGUUCUGCCAGUGAAAUAAGAAUCAAUUAGCUGUUUAGUUUCUUUCAUGUCAAGUAAAAUAGGACAGGAGCUAAUUGUAUUGGUCUCAGGACUGUUCUUUGGUGUUAAAGCUUUGGCAGAUCCUCAUUAUGAUAAGACGAGACUCCUUAGUGCUCCUCUUUUAGCCAACAGCAUUAAACUUGGACAGUCAUACUUUUCAUUAUAUGCCACAACAAUACUUUGUGACAAGAAAUCCAUUCCAUGCCUAACAGGAGUCUAAUCUACAAUAUUGAUGCAAGUUACUUUUCUUACAAUUUCAUAAAUUUAUCAUAAUGAAAAUAGCUAUGACAUGUUGAGAUUUGCAGAAAUGUAUCUCUGGUAUCUGAAGUCCACCUUGAUGACCAAGUCAUUAAUUAAAGAAGGAAUUUUUUCCUUGCCUCUUAAUCCACAAGCUUUUCUAAAAUCUUGACUUCUUAGAAAUAAAAUAGGAUUAACAUAUCAGAUCUUAUUUAUCGUAGAACUAAAAACUAUUAAAAGCAGAUGAUCUAUUUCCUAGUUAUGGCUUAAAAAUAUUUGAUUAUAGCUAAUACCUUUCCCUAGGUAAUGGUUUAUCUGAUACACAUCAACUAUUUAUGGUGUGAUUUUUGAUUUGAAACCUGUGAUAUUCUUAGCUUGUGUAUGUAGGUUUUAAAAAUAUGGAGGCCAUUGUUGACGGCAUGUAGUUUCCUGGGAUAAUUUUUUGCCCCCUUUGUGGCCUAGGCUACACAGAUGACUCAACUCCUAAAUUCCUUAGAAGUGAUGAACAUGUAAAUUGCUUAGAAGUGAUGAACAUGUAAAUUCACUGUUUCAAUGCAUAAUCGGGUUUAAAGAAUGCUGAAGGAGUGUUUAGAUUGAGAGGAUAAUGUUCUUUACAUCUGAAGUUAAGAUAGGGAAGGGGAUUUCAAUUUUUUUGUAGAGAAUUCAGCUACCCCUGAUGAAUAAAAUCCUUGCAUUUUCUAGUACACAAUCAUUGAAAAUAGACAAAAUUAUCAGCUGGAGGUUGUUGCACUGACAUAAGAAUACCGAAACCUUUCACUCCCAAGAUCUUAUUAUCAAUUCUCAUCUCUAUUUGCCAAGCAUUUUUUUUAUGAUUUAAGUUCUGAGGAUUUGGUGUUGAAUCAAGCAAUAUCCCUGAGAUUGCUUUUUUCAUUUUAUUAUCUUUAUUCUUGUCAAUGUAUUGAUAACUGCAAGGAGAAAUUAUUCUAUGAUCACUUUGGGGGUGAUUGGGUGAAAGCUUUUUGAAUGAACUGUAAAGGAAAUAUAGGUUUUACACAUAACAGCAAGAAGAUUUGUUAAGUAUGAGAUCUUGCAAGUUUAAGAGUGAAGAAGCAAGACUCUGCACUCACCAUAAUGCUUGCUUUUGAUUUCUGGUUAUGUAAGGAACAAAGGAACCAAAGUUUUGUCAAUUAAUUCUGUUACCUUCCCAGAUAUCAGGCCCCACCUGGAGACACUGAAAACAGGAGGAAUAAAGAUUGGAAACUACUCAGUAUUGUCAGUUGACAUCAAGUAUAAUCACUUACUCGUGGGAGCAAGGUGAGUUAUUAGGCUAAAAAUUUUUUUCAUGGUGCCAUAAUGACCUGAUUAUUUAAGAUUCAUUUUCUGAUGUUUUACUGUUUUGUAGACAUCUUGAAGCAGAUAUUGCAUUUAUUUAAUGUUAUGUUUUGCAGAGACAAUGCACUCCUAGUGGAUCUGGGAAACAUAAAUAGUGUUGAAGUAAGGGCUAAUUUUGGCAGUACUGUUUUGAGAUGGCUGUUCUCAGAUUAAUGUUAAACUUGGUGUGUUUUUAAUGAGUACUAAUGACUAGAUUUGUUUAUCUCAUUUAGUCUUGGGAUUUGACCACCCAAAGCCUUGGAUGUGAUAAAGGACAGGUAAUUAUACAGCUUCAAAUGAUAAAUUGCUAUACAAUGCAUACACAUUUUGUGAGCUUUGUGGUUGAUUACCUUUAAGUUAACACCGACUCUUUUUCAUUGAAAUGUGAUGCAAUUUAUGAUAUGGCUUUUCAGAAUUCACCAAAUUUCCCUGGCAAAGAGAUGGACCCCAGAAUUUUAACAGACUGGGUAGGAGGAAGCCGAGGGAGGGGUUUAGUAAUCUAGGAAAUGUAAGCUGUCUUGUAAUGAAACUACAAAGUAUAGCUUCCCAUCUAUGUUCCUCAAAACACUUACAAGUAAACAUUCCAAAAUCUGUAAUGUUCUCUUUUUUAAAAUUUCUUUGUGAAUCCUCCCUCAAAGGACCAUAAUGUGAGAUCUGUAUUGUGCAUGAGAUGACAAGCUUUCUUUUAUUUUCCAUGGAGUCUUUUUUUGACACACUCCUCCACCCCCUGAGGGUCCAUGCCCCCAUGUAAAUUAGUCAGUUAUGUAAAUUAUCCCAGAUAUAUUUUUUCUGAUUGAGUGCUGUUAUUAAGUGUUGUCUAUCACAUCUUGAUUGCAGGAUCCUUCAUGCCAUAACUAUGUGAAGUUAAUGCUGCCAUUUGAGGAGAGGAUAUUUAUCUGUUUGACAAGGGGCUGUAUCUGGAGAAAUGUAAGUAAUUAUGUACCAUCUUAUUGAAUCCAGAUAAAAAGGAACUUGAGAGCAGGUUCUCAGUUCCCUGAAAAGCAGGAAUAUUGUGAGACCUCUAUCUCCUGCCAAUCAAGUUUAUUAUAAUUAUGAUGCCUUGCCCUCCAUAAGUUAAGGUCCAGAUUGGGAUAAAAACAUUUAAAACUAGCAAGUCAAUAUUUAGGGACCAAGCUUUUAAAAAAAUCAGAGUUAUAUGAAGGGUUGGAAAUAACAUGGGAAAGAAGUGUCUUGCAUGAAGUUAUAAAAAAACGAUGUUUCAAGUGGGAGGUGAAGACUAAUGUCUUACUUAAUGAGCCCAAGGGUUGUACUGGGGAAUAUUGACGUGAGGUUGUGGCGGUGCAGACCAAUGGCUAAUAAACCCCAGUAUAGCUCAAGCAAACAAGGUUAUCAAGUUGUUUAUUGUAUGGCACCCAGGCCAACUUGAUUAAUUUGAAUUUGCCAGCCUUUGCUACCAAAAAUACACGGCUUAUGACUGUUUACAUGGAAACAGUUGCUAUGGCAAAAUACAGACCAAGACAGCGAAGUAAGAACCAAUCAGAUUAAUUGGAUUUACAUCUGGAUUUUCUUCUCUUACAGUAGAAAUGUGCUCAUUUUAAUGGUAGUUGAAGCUUUUUUCUCAAGAAUUUCUGCUCUAAAACACUCACUAGUCUCUCUAUUGUUUUCAGAGGACGAAUUUGAAUGCAGCUCCAGGCAGAGAUAGUAAUCAGAAUGUGUUUAUAGCUGAUGAAAAUUAUUAUAGCACACCAAGUCAAAAUGACACGGGUGUUAUAACAGGUUUGUGUUAAGAUCACUUUAUUUGGGUGAAUUCCCAUUACACGUAAUAGAUCAUGAGAAAUCCUCAGGAAGGUUAAUGCUUUUUGGGUAUGCAAAUUAAGUGUGCAUUCAAGAAAGGAUGUGACAAAUUUUAAAAUAAUAUUGUUUUCCAUUGUAUAAAUCACUGUCCAGUGCACAAUGGGUAAAAAAAAAAUGUACUUGGCUAAUCACUGGAGAGAGAUUUAUGCAGUGGACAGUGUUAUCAAGCCUUCUAACAACCGAAGCCUGACAAGCAAGGUGUAAAUAUCAGUUUGUUUCAAACUAGGUUACAAUUUAUGCUUGAAAAUUUCAAUAACCAAAAAAUUAGUAGUACAAGUAUCUACGACAACAAACCUACAAUCAAAGAACAGCAAAAAGAUUAAUGACAAAAUGAAUUUGGCAGUAAAGAUUUGUUUUCAUCUUGUUGCCCUUGUGAAGUGGUUGCUAUUGUUGUAGAGAUUUAAAACUAAAAUUGAACACAAAGACUGUGUGCUGUGUUAGUAAUGGUGAAUACUGCAGGGAAAUGGACCUUAGCUAAGGUUCUGGUUUUUUUACCUGCACUACAAAGCUAUAUUCUGGUUCUUUCAUUUUCCAUUCUCUUCUGUAAUGCAUCUUAUGUAACUGACACUGACUAGUCUGUCUCAGAAGAGUCACUGUUAACCCUGAAAUAGAAAUAGUUAUCUUGAUCAAACACCAAAUUCUUGUUAUUAAUUUGCAAGGAGAUAGGUAGUAGCUGGAGGGGAGAAUUAACAAUCAAAUCUCUAGGCUUAAAGAGUUAAGUAAUGUAAUAAUUUGGUUCUGUAUCUGGAACAACACAAAAGGUAUGUGAGUUGUGUAUAAUUUGAGACAAGGUAGUUAAAAACACCUGAUUCUUAACUUUUAAGUUUUCUGCUUUGUUUGGGUUUUACAGAAAAUGGGAGAGUCUUCACAGGAACAAUAAACUUGGGAACAAGAAUAUCCAUGAUUCAUGGUAAAAGUUUUAAGCCCAGAAUCAGUGAAGUGUCCACUGAUUUUACGUCUGAAAGUGACUUUUACUCUGGUAAGUUUGAUCAAUAUUUAUGUGGGAAUAAUUAGUGUCAAUAAAUAAUGCCAGGAGUAGUUGCAUAGGGUUGCUGCAAAUGCAGUUCUAUUUGUUUACAUUUGCAUGCCCUCCAUGGUCUGGUGAAGACCCUCCUUAUGCGUUAAUGAUGGUCUGGAUUCAGAAGAUAUUUGUUUUCUUGGCAUUGAAAUCUAGAUAAGUGCUAUUUGCACAAUGAGUGCUUUCAGUAGCUUGGCCAAGAAUGUGAUGCUGAACAAUUUGCAUAUAGUUAGACGUAAUUGUUCUUCCAGCGUUUUAGGACAUUUUCAGCACUUAAUCUUUUUAAACUUUUAUUCAUGUAGAUGUACAUUUCGUCAAGAGUUUCAUCAUUGGGAAAUAUGUGUACAUCUUUUUUCGCGAGCGGACAAUGGAAUGUAAGAGCUGUGGAAAAUAUAAAGUCUCCAGGGUAGCACGUAUAUGUAAGGUACAAGGAAGCUUUUUUUUCAUAAUUGUAACAUAUCUGUACCAAGGAUCUGGGAAGUAAAAUCUGAUAGUUAGUUUUGAAAAAAUGAAUUGCUGUAGUAUGGCAGCUAAUAAAUUGAAGCAUGCUAGAUAAAUGACAAAUAACAUUGAUUAGAUAUAAUGAUAUGACCUGUACAGCCCUGUGUGGGCUUUCAUUCAAAAACAUGAAACAGAGCUGGAGAAAGUUGGGUGGCCCUUCAAGAUGCAAGAUGAUAAAAUGCAAGGAAAAAGGUUUAAAUAGAAAGAGCAGUGGUCAUAUGAUAAAGUGCUUUAUUGGUGAGUCAGGGCAGGUCUGACUCACCAAUAAACACUUUAAGCACAUGUCACGAUUAAGAAUCAAGCAUUUUCCCCUCUGUCCAAACUAUACUCAGUCAUUACUUGUGAACUCCCAUGAUCUGAUUGUUAAUUUUCACCUCAAGCUUUUACACAAUUCCUGGCAAACCAGUUAGGCAAAUUUGGUAUAAGAUCAAGAUAACAACUUCUGCCGGAUAAGUUUGGGUAUUCUCAUUUGCCCUUUGCUGGACACUGUAUGGAUAUUAUUGGGAGAAAUUUCAUGUUAAUCACUUCUGGGAGUUAAAGGGUUAAGUAUGUUUUAUUGAUGUUCUUCAUCAUGAGAAAUUUCUCUCUCUAUAGGGUGACUAUGCUGGUCAGUCUACCCUCAGAAAGUACUUUGUAACUUACCAGAAGGCCAAACUUGUUUGUUCUGAUGGAGGAGAAUAUCCAGUUUAUUUCAAUGAAAUUCGUAAGUGACUUUUAGUAUUAAAUAUGGCAUAUUAUUAUAUAAUGCUGAGAAGGAAACUUGAUGGUAAGGCAACCAGGGGAUGAUAUUUAUGUGCCAUUUAGAUUGAGCUAACCCAUUGUACCCUAAUAUUAGAUAGCAUAUUCUCCAAACUGUACUCUAUGCUGUACAUUGCCUAAGGUACUGACAAGAAGAAUGAGUUUAACAAUCAAGAGCUUCUUUUAAUUGGUGAUCAUUUCCUUUAUUCUUAUGAUCUCAAUGUAUGAUUUGGGCAUGAUGUUGUCAAGAGAAAUUAGAUGCUAGUCACUCUAAGAGGUUAACAGUUUAACUCCCAUGAGUGACCAAGACAGAAUUUCUCUUUACAAUAUCAAUACAAUGUCAAGCAGACAAGGGAUGAGAAUAAAGAAAAAUAGAAAUUAAGGGAAUAUAAGUUGACCCAAUACCAAAUUCUCCAAACCAACAUCACCAGAACUGUAUGGUAGACAGUAAGGAGAAUUGCUAAUGUGAUUUUGGGAUUGAAAGGGUUAAGGGUUAACACAGUACAAAAUACAUAUUGACUCAUGAGGAAAUAAUUUAGGCCUUUACUGUGGUGUAAUGCAGCAAAGAAAACUGACUUUGUUAUGUUAUUUCUUUGGCAGAGGAUGUUUGGUGGGAUUCAGAAACCAACCUGUUUCAUGCAAUUUUCACCUCUCAUCCGUAAGUAUUUCAUAAGUUCCAUUCUGCUCUUGUGUAGCUAUUGUUGAAGGAAAUACAAGAAUUAAAUUAAGAAAAAGGUGCAGAUAAAUAGAAUUGGAAAAAAUUGAAAGUGUUUUUUCUUUGGGUGUGGGCCUCUUUAGUUUGGAUCAUUUCCUUUACUCGCAUGACCUCAAUGUGUGAUUCAGGGGUAAAAAAUGAGAAACUGAAUGUGAAUCAUUCUUACAGGUCAGAGAGUUAACUUUGUAGGUCAGUAAAGAAUUGCUUUCCAAGUUGCAAAUUGCAAAUCUAGAGCUUGCAUUUGGGAAUUCGCAAAUAAUGACACUUCCCUCUCCCUAAGAAGAAAAAAAAAACGAAAAAUAACAAAAACAUUGAGGGAAAUGAAUUACCUAGUAAAUUACUGCAAGCUAGUUUAUUUAAUCUCUGGUAAUACCCAUUGGAAUUUUCUUUCACUUCUUUUUCCAGCAAUGGCCCGCCAUCAUCAGCCAUAUGUGUGUACAAUUUGACAGAUGUCAAUGAUGUUUUUUACACGAGUCUUUUCGAUAGUAGAGAGGCAGGAAAUGGAAAGUGGGUGACGGUGGAGAACAAAUUCAAAGAGUAUUUUGACGGGGUAAGGUAUACCACAGGCAACCCACUGUUGUAAAAGGGGGAAAAAAGUAUCGUAACCCGUACUCCCAAAUAACUGAAGUCAUGUUCCUAUUCAAGGGCCAUGGGUCUCUUGGGAGACUCUUCUGAUAAUUAUAGUAGAGAAAUAAGUGUUAAACCAAGUCUCCCCCCCCCCUCUCGUGUUUGGUUACUCCCACUCUUCAUAAGUAAAGAUACUAACACAACUUACUAAUCGAUGAUGGUGAUGGGCAGAUUCCUCACAUUCCAAAGAUCAGUGAGAAGAAAGAUUUACACAUUUUUGACAUGGUUGGGGUAGGGGAAGGUCUGAUUGCUGCGAGGUGUUGUUUGAUUGGCCAACUCCUUUCGACGCUUGCAUUUCUCCUUAGCAGUGUUCACUAUGGAGUCCUCCAACUGCUGAGUUGCGCAUUUGGAGGUUGACCUCCAUUCGACCCUGUCUGGUGCAAGCAUCUGCCAGUCUUUGUAGUCAACAUCAGCCUGUAGUCCCUGUUCUGCACACAGCUCCAGCAGCAUGCACUCGUUGGCGUUGCAGUAGCCAAGUCCAUUGCAUCCCAGAACUCUUGGCCAUACAGUGUAGUCUUGUCCCACUCUUGUGUUAAAGUUGCCCGUGAUGAUGAGCUUGUCCCUGCUGUCUACUUUUCAGAGGAGGGACCUUAAGUUGCUGUAGAAGGCCUCUUUGGUCGCAGGGUCUGCUAUGAGUGUGGGAGCAUACACACUGAUGAUGGUGGUGAAUUGAUUGCCCUGGAGGGUAAGGUGGAAGGGCAUGAGGCGAUCUGAGUGUCCUAGGGGGAGGCUGGUCAGCUUGCUGGCCAGCAUGUUCUUCAACAUGAAGCCUUCUCUGGAAAGGCGAUGAUCCUCCCUGCCUAUGUCAGACCAGUACAAGGUGUAUCCUGCUCCAUGCUCCUUGAUUGACCCUUGUUUUGCAAAGUGCACCCCGCAGAGAGCAGCAAUGUCAAUGUCCAGUCAGGCUAGUUCCUGUUCCACCAGUGCUGAGCAUCCUUGUGGUUGGUCAGCUUUGUCAGAGUCUUGCAUUGUGCGAAUAUUCCAGCAUGCUAACUUGAGACUUGUUGUCUCUGCGAAUAUUCCAGCGUGCUAACUUGAGACUUGUUGUCUCUGGUCUUUGUUUUUUUCCCUGUAUGAGAUACCCAUUGGCCAGUUACUGUAGGUCACCUCUGGAAGGAUGUGGUAGGAAACCGUGCACAAUCGGUCUUGAGGUGAAAGAGGCUAUGCCAUGCCAGGGGACUAACACCACAGGGAUGCCCCGCUGAUGUCAGAACUUAUGCCAGGCAGCAACUACACACAGCACCACAAGCAAGCAGAGUGAGCUAAGCAGAGCAAAGAUGAGCAAGCAAGCAUAGGCUAGAUGCAGUUGCCACCACAAGACAAAGCAAUGACAUAAGGCCCGAAGUGGAACAAGGGAGAGCCUUAUGGGUAUCUCCACUGCCUGGACCACCAUCGCAUUGCACCCCCUGGGACUUUCGUCCUUAAAACACCCACAAGUUACUAAGUUACUUAACUCACCCACCACACUCACAACUUAAUAAUUAACAAUGCUGUAAAUAUUUAUUUUCUUCAGUGCAAAGUAAACGAGAAUUACUUAAUUCCUAACCCCCGUCCAGUCCCAGACGGUAUGAUGGGAACAAAGAACAUGGUUUAUAGCGUGUAUAAAGACCUCUUGCACGAUCCUCUCAUGCAUGAUCCAGUGCUACCCACCAGCCUCGACUCGGUUCAAAAGCAAGGAAACAAGGCCUGGUUUGUCAAAGAUGGGAUCAGGUUUGUUCACGAAUGUACCGUGACUCGAUACUCGAGGAUCUUUAUUUCCUUUCCGUGUGAAACAUUUUACUUUUUUAUUCCAAUUUCACAACAUUUUAAUGUAGUGGUACUGUAAAGUGCUUUUGAUGUAGCAUUAUUAGAAGCGCUUUAUAGGUACGAAAUUACUAUUAUUAUUAUUAUUGGUAUUAUUGGUAUUAUUAUUAUCAUCAUUAUUAACGUCAUUAGUAUCAUUGUCACACUUGUCUACUCUCACGUUUUCACGUAUGUUGUCAUCUAAUAGAAGCCCCUGGGAAGUGAGGAAAAUAAAUGAAAAGGAAAGCAUAAGCCCCUAAAAUUUUCAUUUUUCUUGUCUUGCAAUAAAUGUUAACUGUCAACAUUAUCUAGUGAAGGAAUUUGUGCGAAGUACUAUGAAUGCUGGGUAAUCCACUUGCUCCUGUACAAAACUCAGUUAAAGUCAUUGGAGAAAAACAAAAUUUUUUCCUGAAAAGUUUUUAAAGCUAAAAGAUGAAAAUUGGAUACCAGUGCAUCGUUGAUUAUCGUUACAAUUACCUUUGUAAGGAUUAUCGUUGCGUAGAAAAAUUGACUACCUUAGUGACUGAACGUAUCCUUAACAGUCGCUGAUUAUUACUCAUAAAGAAUUUUUUUUUGCGGUAGGAUGACAGCCAUUGUUCUGGACAAAGUUGGUGAACACACUGUUGUAUACACAUCAACAGGUAAAUUCAACAUACUUGGCACCUGGUAUUGCGAGACAGAGUUGCACUACUUCUUAAAUCCGAGGUUGUAAUAUCCAAUAAAUCGCUUUCUGAUUUGGGUGUGUUCAAACCAAAAAGAAAGCAAUCAUUUCAGCCAAUCACGUAACUAAUAAGAAUUCAUGGUAAAUACCCAGGUAACAAAUAACUUGCAUUUGAUUGGCAAGGGCGAUAGCGGGAGUUCUCUUGCCCAAGCACAAUGCGUUUUCUCGGAGAACUCCAAUCCUACUAAACUGCCUCUAGCCUCAUCGGCACAAGUAGCAGAGUGCUAGCUCAAAGAUAAUGAAAUUUAUUUUUGUAGACCGAGGAUCUGUGCUUAAAAUUUCACAAGUUGCUGGCUCUCGUCAACCCUGCCUUCUCACCGAAAUCGACCUUUUUCCGGUAAGUAUUGUUGCCAUGAUAAUUUCUUACGGUCGAUCGGUCUUCUUUGAAGAGAACUGUUGUCGGUGGCAGUGGCUGGCGUUUCGAUCAACAACAUGAGCGGAAGUCAUCAUCAGCGUCGAGGUGACUUCUGCCUUCACUGAGAUUGUCAAAUCGUCAGUAGUUGUUACUGAGGGACUGGAAUCAAUUUCUAGAAAAUACUGAAGUGACUUCAAUGUGACUACCUGCAAGUCGAAAAUCAAGGUUUGAUGAAUCGGAAAUGAACAAAUUCUUUAUUUGUUUUAGAUCAACAGACAAGAAGUCAUAAAAGCUAUGACGAUUGAUCCAAAACAGGUAAGAUAAUGUCUCAUAAUUACUAGUAAAUGUGAAUUUCAACUGAGUAGUCAAAGUGUCGUCCUAGAGGUUUGUGAUUGGUUGUUCAUCGUUGUAUUUUGGUCUGUGAUUAGUUGUUCAACGUCGUAUUUUUUGUUUUAUCUACAGCAUAUCCUGUACUUCGGCUCAGACACAGCUCUUACAAAGUUGAGGCUAGAGCAGUGUGGUAGUCACACACACCGCAGGUGAGUGGUACGGGUAAAACUAAAACAAGAAAAAGGAAUAGGUUCUGGCAGUUUCAGAGAAUUUGAAACAGGGUAAAAGAAAACUCAGUGCAACUGCUGGGUACUCGCUAAGGCCUCAAUCUUCGUGCUGUUCUUCCUUAAAAACUUGAAGGCAAGAAAACUCUUGGUUAACCUUCGACCUUUUGACGGAAGUCUGUCUGUUUUUAACUGGACAAGUAAACUAUCGGAAACUUAUCGAAAGUUUAUCGAAAUGGGGAGGAGGGAAAUGAGGGGAAUGGGGAGAGGCGAAGAAGACUUAACCCUGAGUCAAGAACGGUGCUCAGGAGACCUUUCUUUGCGACAUGUUUUUGUGGCGGUUUUUUCAGAUAUGACCGUGUACAUCGUUCACUAGCAUUCCAUAAAUUUUUAACUAGGAGCUCCCACUUAGAUUUUUUCUCUCUUUCCUGAUGAGUUUCCUCCAUUAGCUAUGGCUUAACUAUUCGUGUAGAGUAGUUACUGUAUUUGUGACACCACCAUCGUAUUUCAGGUCCUGUAUAUCUGCUUCUGAUCCUUAUUGUGCAUGGAACAAGGAAACAAGGCGUUGUGUUUCAGUUUUAUCCUCCAGGUCAGUAACAUCAAUUAAAAAAAAAAAAUAUGUAAACAAAUUUUUCAAGUGGACUCUGUAAUAAUCCCAAACUCUUCUCAAAUCUCCCCUCGGGCGGAGAACCGCGCGUUCUGCAGAGCGAAAUGAUGAGGACAAGUUCGCAGACUAGCGAAGUGCACUCUGGCAGUAAGUGAAUCCGAUGUGAUAUUCUAAAACUCUUUGCUUUUUUUUAAUACUCUUUUCAGAGAUUCAAACAAAUUGAGGAAAGGCUCGAGUACUUGUCCAAAGACAACAGGUCAGUGUCAAUUACGUGCUCUGUUUAAAGUGAUCAAGUUGUUACUUCCCCCAACAGUAUCAAGACGUUACCUUGCAACCAGUUGACGAGAAUAGAAGAAAUGGUCAGUUAUAAAGUCUUGAAUGAUAAGGAACCAAAUUCUCGUACCAAAGUUAUGUAGACAGGUGUUGCAGUUAGAAGGGAGAAUUCUGAAUAAGAUCUACAUUUUUUGGUUAAAAUGUUUCCAAAGAAAUUCCGAUCUUAUGGAGUACAAGUCUCUAAUCCAACCACUUUAGGAUUUUCACCCAAUGGAUGUUACGCAGAUGCCAGUGAAAGUAAAUUUCAAAGUUAAAUUAUCAAAGAACAACAACAACAAAACAGAUACAAAAUCUUUCUUUCUUAUACUACCAAUCGAAGGACUGGGUUUUGCUCUGAUCAAAAAAUGUAAUUUGUUGUGUGUUUUAUAUCUUUAAAGAACAAAUCGCAUGGUCCCCUUGGAAAACUUGUGAAGGCAGUGAUGGAAAUCUCUGUCGAUGUCAAUUUCGUCCCUGCCAGGACAGGCAAAACUCCUCCUGUCAGGGUGGAUAUGAGUUACGAUUUGAAAACUGCACAGGUUUGCUAAGGAUUUUCCUUCUCCUUCUACGCGUAUUUUUUAUUUUCCUUUUCUUUUUGUCCUAAAAUUACCGCUGAAACACUGAUGACUCUCUAAAAACUACACAAUUAUAGAUAGUAGCGGGGAGGUGCUGGAAAAGAGUGAUCAACAGGCAAAUUCAUUCAGUUCCGAUGGAGGCUAACUAUUCAACAGUCGCGUUGAACUCUCCCUGGAAACUGGAACUAUUUUACUCGCAAUUAAUGUUCAAAAAGAUGUUGAUGAUUUGUUUACCUCCCAUGGCCGAUUUUAGUAGAUUUUUUUGGUUGUUGUUUCAGUGAACGUUAUUGUCGGAUCUGAGAGAGAGGAAUGGGAGAAGUAUGGUGUGCAACACGGCAACUGGAGUGCAUGGGAUACUUGGACGGAUUGUGAAACAAAGCCAUGGGUUGGGGUAAGAAAGCGGACAAGAAACUGUACUAAUCCGGUCCCCAGGAGAGGAGGGAGACCGUGUGUAGGAGAGGCUGUGCAAUAUGAGUCCUGUAACUUGGGAAAACACGGUAAGAAGUGCUGGUAAAUGGUCUUCUGUUACUUUAAAGUUACAGCACUUACUGGUUAAUAAAAAAUAUGAGUCGUUGAGUGCGUAUAGUUAAGGGUUAUGUUAAAAAGUACUGUCUAAUUUCAUUGGUCUUCAUGGUUUCUCGUAAUGACUCAACUAAAAAGCUGAAUUUUUUACAAAUUUUUGUGUGAGAGGAAACUUUUGUGUUCGGAGAAAUUUUAUAUCGUUUACCUUCCCAAGCGUAAAGAAAAAUUGAUGUUUACCUUAAGCUUGCUUUUUUUUAGUUAACUUUGAGGGCCAAAUUUUUGGAAGCAUCAAUAGAAACAGCAAAACAACAACAACAACAAAAAUAAACAACAUCAACAAAAGUGUUCAGACAAGUCUUUGUACCUGUAAAACGCCUAUUUGACAAAAAGUCGCCCGAAACUCCUUUUGUGCGUGUGUGUGUGUGUGGUUUUUUUUUUUUACAAUUUUUCCUGUCUUUUGUUUUUUCGUCGAUCAGAGGUGGAAAAACGGCUGUUAACAAACCCAACAAGAUCUUUAAACCUAUCGGAAAACAAGGGUGUUCAUUUUGAAGUGAUCUUUAAAACCACUGGAUAUAACAUAUCUAACAUCAGUGUUGAAAUACUCAACAAGACAUUUGAUUGCGAGAAACAAAGAGAUCUCUGUGGAGGUAAGAAGUGUUGUGGAAAGUGAACACAAACUUCAUCACGUCAUUACUUCAUUGCAUCAUCAUGUCAUCACGUCAUCACGUCGUCAUCUCCACCAAUUAAAUGCAAGUCUAAAAUCAUUCACGAGUUUGUCACCUGCACUCUUCUGUGCCAAGCACUGCUUCAAACUCUCAUCGGCUUAACGUGUUAAGGCGUGUCUUUCUAUCGUUCGCGCGUCUUGCUGCAGAUCGCUCCAUUUUCAGUUAACGAUGUUCUGCCAUAACCACUGUGAAAAUGGUAAUUACAUCUUCACGAGAUAGCAGGCAGAAAAUAGUGAGAUCUUCUUCUUUUUGGUUGCUGGUCUGUUUUACUAGUAAGGAAAAAACGCCCUUGCGCACAAUCAGGCUUUGUGCAAUGCAAGUGGAGAGUAAAGUUAACUGCUAAUGACUGUUUAACCGCAAGCUAUGUGCAUGGUGCAGCUAAUAUUUGAAGAGCUAUCGGGUAAAGUUGUGAUAUUUUUCCUGUGUUAGAGGGAGAAUGGAAAGCCUGGCGCGAUUGGGGUCAGUGUUCUGGGGAAGGAUUUCAAAUAAGAAGAAGAGAUUGUAAAGUGGAGCCUUGUGUUGGGGAAAGGUUACAAGAAAGAAGCUGUGAACCAACUUCACCCAGCAACUGUAAAGGUCAGCUGUAAAGAUUGACUUUGUCGUAGACUAUAUUCUCGGUGUGAUCUGCAGUAUAGCCACGUGACUUGAACCGCUGGACUUACUCCCGCAAUGCGCUGUAUUAAGCGACAAGGAGAGUUGAACUCCUUGUAUGGAAUGCUUGUUCCCCAUCCCAGGCAAUUCGCCUGCACCCAGUCGUAUUCUUGGGCGGAGAGAGAGGCACUGUGAGUGUUGAAUGUGUUGCUCGACAACCUGACACAGUGAAUCGGCCAGGCCUCGAACCUGGACCUCUCGAAGCGAAAUCCAGUGCGCUUCGCAAUAGGCUGCUGCGUGUGGGGUCUGGAGCAGCGUUUUUUAAAACGCUAUAACUGAAAUGAUGGUUCUUUGGUACCUCGCAAAAGGCAUCUUUUUUUCAUUAGGCGCGGCUUUUGGAGCAUCUACCUACCUGCGUAACGCAUAUUGAAUGUUUCGCGCAAUGUUAAAUGGACGAUAGUGGUGUUAGAUGGUUCCUUAAAAGGCUUUGUUUUUUCGCGGUUAGGUGAACUCGACACUAAUAGCUGGGACGUGUGGUCUGUGUGCGAGUGUAAUCAUGAUCUAAAACUGCCUGACGGGAGUGGUGUCAGGUCUCGGCAACUUAAGUGCCGAAGGGACUGUCCUAACUCAGUGGAAUGUCCUAAUACCGUCCAGUACGGAACUUGCAAUUGUAGUACUGGUAAGUUGAAUAUCUGAGAUGGUCUCCGCAAAGUUUGCAUCAAAAGCGUGAGACAAAAGGAAUAAACUUUUCAGAGAAUUUUUAUUAAGUAAAAGUUUUUGGAAGCAGGACACACGGCUUAUUCCAGACAUUUUACCUAUCUUCCAACAGCCAUUUUUUGUUGUUGUUGUUUUUGCUCUGGGCUAACUCGAUUUGAGUAAAUUUUCGUCACCUUUCGAGUCUUCGUAUAUGUGAGUGAGUGAGUGAGAUCAACAGCAAUUGUGGUAGUUUUGCACAUCUGGAUGUGAUUUUUAAUGCGAAUUGUUACAGGUGUGAGACAGAUUUCAUUAAUAGAUAUGUAUUUUUGGAUUGCAGCAGUUUCCGGAAGGCGAACUGACUCGGAAGAGACUGAAGGAUCAAAGUUUGUAAGUGGUCUCGCAAUCGGGCUGUCAGUCGGCCUUGUGGUGAUCAUCUUGGUAGUUCUGGGUCUUUAUUGCGUUAAACGAAAACAGAAGGAAGAAUCAACAUCAUACAGUGUUCCAAAAACUCCUGAACGUAGUCCUAAAAGUGAUUGUCUCUACUCGCCAAUCACAAAAGAGAAUGGUGUAUCUACGAGAGGUCGUCCAUCCUCAGAAAGUCAGAGUAAAGAAAACAACAGAAACACUAGGAAAAAUCCGUGUUUAGCGUUUAAAGGGUUUAUUCUGUGUAGAACAGAGCGUGCUCCGAGCGAAAGUGUAUAGCUUAGGGAAUUAGACGGAGAUUUUGUUUACAGAAAGGACCCGCCCUAGUGCACCUCGGUCAAGGCAACCUACGACUGUCAACUGUCGCGCAAUUUAUUUUCUGAAUUCGAUGGGCCGUCGCUCCCACACAGACCCUUUUGUUGUUGCGCGAGAGGAGGGGGAAGGGGCAUCAGCCCACCCCACCCUUUCCUGGUUGGAGGACUAUCAAAUAUCACGGCUCAACGAAUUAGAUCAAAGAGUAGAGGUACUAUUCUCAGUUCAAAGCAGAUGUCGUCGAGCUUAAAUGCUUGGUUCAAGGGAAUGGAAAACGAGGCGUUUCCCCGCAGCUUUGGAAAAAAUUCUUUCGUUGUGCAGUAUGAUUGCAAGUGGGUAAGUUACUCGCCUGCACGUUCCAGAUUUUGUGGGCAGGGUCGAAGAGGAACAAAGGAACGCGUUUUGAGCGAGCAAGGCUGCAUACUGGUGAAGCGUCUUCAAAAUAUAGUUAGACGGUUGUAAAUACUUUUAAUAUCUUGUGGAUUCCCUUCCCAUUUAUAGACUGGCUAGAGCGCAUGAUUCGUUUCAAAACUUACCAACAUUUAUCAGCAAUUUGGUUUGAUGACGUCUCGAUAUUGCACGAUUAUUAAAACUGUUUUCCUACGGAAGACUUCAUUCCGCUCUAAACGGGCGUCAGUUUUAAGCUCUUUUUUUUUGCAAAAAAUUAAAUUUAGAUGGUGUACGAGAUAGUUCACCUUUGGGGAAAAACUAUACAUCCUAUAUCGUUCGUGACAUAUCGUCCAAUGCGCAGCGUUUCAUAAAUAUGUUAGUAAAGGAUUAUUCAUCUAUUUAUUGUGUAGAUAACCGUUUAACAUUUUUUUGGAAUUGGAGGAAGUCCAAAUUUCUCGCUUAAAUUCGUCAUGUGUAGCUAAUUCUAUAUAUGACCAUAAAUUGUUUUUAUAUUACAUAGCAUGUUGUCUAAUAAAAGAAAUAAAACGCUGGAGAAUGAAUAGCCAUUUUGCAUCUUCUGGUCACGUAACCUGUUCCACCCGGAAACAAAGGUGUAACUGACAAGAAGCUAAUUUUUAUUUUCGUUAAGCUGGGAAUCGGAUAAGGGGAAUUAAGAAAAGUCCUGUUUUGCUGCCUGCGAGCUAAGUGAAUCCGUGAGUUAAUGAGGAGAGAAUUCUCAUUAUUUUUCGCAUACGAUGCGAAAGUGAAUCCUAUGGAUUUGCUUAUUUCAUUCUAGAGAUUAUAUCUUCAGUGAAGUUUCCGCAAAGAUGAGUAAUCAUGAUUGAACAGUAUGGAAUCACAAAAAAUUAACUAGUUAGGUUGGAGGAGGUCGUGUGACUCCAAGGUGCAAAAUUGUAAUCUUUUGGUUUUUUGUGUGUCUAUAUCUCUACAAGACAAUCCUCGUUUGUGUUAAUUAUAUUGGGGGGAGUUUAUUUUUUUAGAAAAGAAUAUGAUAAGGGAGCACUGUCGCAUUUAUGAUAUUCAGAUAGAGGAGGUCUCUGGCGAAAACCAAGAUUGUUUUAAUCAUCUUGGUUUAAAAACCACGAUUAUCAGCUGUGGUCGUUAGACGCACUUUGCCGGCUUCCCAAUUGGGUUUGUAGUAAUUAUUAAGAACGUAGAAAUACCUGGUUCUACGCCGUCUAACUUUCGUCUCAACGAGGGUAGAGCUGGAAAUAAAAAGUAAGAAAUGUUCUUCUCUACGAUAAUCACAUUUAUUAUAGGUUUUUUUUAUGUAAAGGAACCUCAUAACAUUGCUCACCGAAGGGAGAUAAAGUUUGAAUACGUAUGUAUUUAGGCUGUUUGAUUAUAGAAUUUGCUGUGUAUUCAGUUUAAGGCACUCCCCAAUCGGAACUGGAGUUUUUUUGUCUCCCAAAAAUCUCAUUUGAUUACUGUUAUCAACUGUUGUGUAUUAUUGAACAAAAAUUAAAGUUUACCGUAACUUGUCUCG